AUGGAACUCAUCGACGCUGUUCGCGCCGAGUUACACUCAAGUCGCGACAUCUCAAAGCUCCUCGCAGGAUGCGCGUGUCUUUCUCACUUUGUGCGCUCGGCGAAUCAGGGAUUACACAAAUCGUCCACGCUUGGUAUGCUCGCACUCCUCGCGAACAGGUUCCCGCGCGUGCGCUCGGCCACAGCUGAGCACAUGUACCUUGCUCUGUUGUCUCUGCAUGAGCCUUCAGGUGACGACGAAAACGCAAUACAUCUGCUUUCAUCAAAUUGUUGGGAUGCUCCAACGAGCGCCACGAAAGACGUCCGCAAGCAGUUGUACGCGGCGGUUGGACUGGAGCUUCCGCCCUUCAUGCUGAAGGAGUGCACUCGCGCCGCGAAAGCGAAAGCAGUCGACGGAGAAGGCAGCUACGCCGCGCUCGUGCACGACGUCGGUUUUUAG